AUGGAUUAGAGUCCGAGCGCCGUCUAUGAUAAACAUGGCGGAGGUUUCCUCGUCGGCUGCUAUGACUGCAAAUGUUGUGAAAGAUAUCACCGAGAUCUAUUCGCGCCUCUUCGAUCACAAGCCAUUUCUUCAAGGGGAAAUAAAGUUCUUUGUAAAGGAGUUUGAGGAAAAGCGUGGUGACCGCGAGGUGCAAAGGCUGUUCGAGAUGCUCGAGGAUGUGACCGAGGUCCGGGAGACGCAGAUUGACCGGGUGUGCCGUGCAUCCGACCAAGGGCUGUGCAGCCUCGCAGGCAACCUUGAAGUGGCACUCAGCAUGUGCCAACGCAUCCUAGAGGCCGAGGACAAAGUCAACUCUGCGGAUGACCUGUCGGAGCGGCGCGAGCGGCGGCGAGGCGAGUGGAACCAGUUUGAGCAGGAUGUCAAGGACAAGGUGGCCAGGAUGGACCAAGCCUUCGAGGAGAAAGAGCGUGAACUCAUCGACCACUACCGUCGCAUUCGCGAGAAGCUGCAGCCCCCUCACAAGAGUGAACAGUAGCCGGAAUGGUCUUGGUUCGUCUCAAGUCGGGGAGACACCGUCAGGCGUCGCACAAAGUGCCAGCCGUGCUGUGUGCAGUCAAAAUCUCUUGACGGGUAGACAGUGGCACUCUUACCGGCUUAUUGUGACCGACCAUGAUGUGCGCCUUAAUAGUAGAGUAUGUGCAGUGGACAUGACGGACAACACAAUUCCAGCAAGUUGGAUUACUGGUCUUCCUCUUUUGAGCAAAUGGAUGAAGUUCUUCAACAGUCGUCAACAAAGGAGUGUCUGUUCAUCCAUCAGGAAGUGCAGGUUUGCAAUUGUAUAUAAAGAGCAUAUAUGUUGUUUUUUUUUUUAAUAGACUAAUAAAUAAAUAAAAGAGGGACA